UUCAGUAUUAUUUAUGACUAUGGCUACCACACAUGACAUCUUGUCCCAAAUAGAAAGCGCAUUUCGAGUGACGAAUGAACAACUUGAUCAUCUUGUUCAAGGAUUCAAUGAGGAAAUGAAAGCAGGGCUAGCCAUUACUAAUCGAGCCACGAAAAGCAGUGAACUCAAGAUGAUUCCUUCCUAUGUCACUGGCUAUCCUACGGGCUAUGAGCAAGGCACUUAUUUAGCACUCGAAUUCAGUGGUGUUGAUAUCUAUGUCUGUCAAGUAAAAUUAAAAGGCGAAGGUGGUAAAUUAGCUAUCAAUCAAUACCAAUACAAGAUUCCGGAUGAUUUGACUGCAGGCAAUGAUAUUGAUAUCCUGAUUGAUUAUGUGGCUGACUGUGUUGCUGAUUUCCAGGAACGCGUCAGUCCAAAGAAACAACAGAUCUAUAGUAUGGCUAUUAGCAUUGGGUUUGCUGUUAUCCAGACAGGUCUUAACAAAGGCAAGAUUAUUGCCCUUGAGCAUGGAUUUGAAUUUCCUAAUGCCAUUGGUCGAGAUGCUGUGGACUUGUUUGACAGUCGAUUUAAGGCCAAGGGCUUGGCAGUCAAGAUUGUUGCUAUUGCUAACGAUGGUGUAUGUACCUUAUUAGCCCAUGCUUAUCAGCACCCUUCUACACGUAUUGGUGUGAUUCACAGUGCAGGCACAAAUUGUGCUUAUUAUGAUAAAAUGGCCAAUAUUGGUCAAUUCAGUCCAUCCGAUCAAAAAGACAUGAUUAUCAAUACAGAGUGGUGUAAUUUUGGUGCUCGCCAUUUGCCUAUUACUGAAUUUGAUCAAUUGCUUGACCAGCAGUCCAACAAUCCCAGUAUACACAACUUUGAGAAGAUGACAACAGGCAUGUAUUUAGGCGAAAUCACUCGUCAAGUCAUUCUAUAUUUGAUGGAACGCAAAGUGCUUUCGUUUGAACCUGAAGAAGACGAAGAAGAAGAAGGUUGUUUGUUGCUGGUGCCUUAUCAGUUUGAUACCAGUUAUAUGUAUGUGUGUGAGGCUGAUCAAGGUGAAUUGGAAGAUACCCGUUUAAUAUUAGAAGAUAUGUGUCGUGUGGGUGAGACUACACUAGAGGAUCGACAGAUAGUGAAAAAGGUGUGUGAAUGGGUGGGACACCGUGCUGCCUUAUUACUGGGUGCUAGUAUCGCCAGUGUAGUCAAAUACAUGGUAGAAUACGGCAUAGGCAUUGACCAAGACAAGGGAUUUGCUAUAGCUAUCAGUGGUGAUGUAUAUAAAGAUUAUCCCUCCUUUCAUCCAAGAGUAUGUGAGGCUAUUAAAGAAAUAGUGCCUGAACAAGUAGCUUCUAAAUUGUCUGUGGGUAUUGUUCAACACUCUAGAAUUGUGGGUGCUGCUAUUGUAGCCAUGAUGGCAGAAAAGAUGGACAAGGCAUAGUUUAUUAAAGAAAUAUACAUAUAUA